AUGGACCAGUCUCUCGCUGAGUUUUAUCGCAAGUAUUCGCAGCAAAUCGACCCGCCCGGGAUCCCCUCCGGCUCCGUGCUGAGGCAUCCAGACGUACAAUUAACUUUGGAAAGGCGCUUUUUCAAUCAACCAGCAUCAGAAUACUCAGCGUACCAGGCCAAGAUCUUGCGGGCAGUAGUCGAGCGAAUCCAGCAAGCCAUUGAAGGUAAUGACGAGGAGGAGGUCUCGGACCACUUGAUGACCCUGCUAGCGACCUUGCCGCAUUCGAGACCAACAGUCGACCUGAGCAAGACUCUGGUCUCCUACGUACCUCCCGUUGGCUUCGAUGCCGAUAUUGACCCCAUCGAGAUCCUUGAGGCUAAGAAGAUCAUCGGAUCGGGUCCGAAUACUGGCUUGAGGACCUGGGAAGCGGCACUACGUCUUGCUAGCUAUCUUCACAGCCAGCCAGAGUUGAUCAGGGGUAAACGAGUACUGGAGCUGGGCGCCGGUACCGGAUUUCUGUCCAUAUUUUGCGCUGCCUACCUUCAACCAGAGACAGUCACUGCGACCGAUGGUCACGAAGAUGUGUUGGUCAGUCUCGAGGAGAACGUCGAGCGAAAUAGCCACCAUUACCAGGGCACAUCUCACCCUACUGUGCAAAGACUUUACUGGGGCGAUGAGGACGACCUUAGCCGUAUAAUUCGCAGACGUGGUGAUGCCACGCAACCCGGCCCUUCGGCUAGCGACGGUAUUGACGAGCUGUCCACUACCCAAGGACAGAUGAACUACAAAAACCAAUUGUCUCCAUCCAGUACCGAGCGGCCAUACGACAUCAUCAUCGGGGCAGACAUCACCUAUGAGCCAGAAGCCUGCAAAGCUCUUGCUGAGACAUUGUCACGACUUGCCAAAGCCAACCCAUACACAGAUAUACUCAUCUCUGCCACACAACGCAAUUUGCAGACAUUGAGCGGCUUCCUCGACGAAUGUCACGGUCCAGACUGCGGCCUGCGGGUUGAAGUCGUGAAGUACGACGUGCCACCGUUAAACAAGCAGACUGGUCUCUUCCACAACAUCGUAUCCCCCAUUCAGAUAUUUGCUAUGCGGUAUUCUCCACCAGAAAUCUCAUAG